GGAGAGAUAACCAAUCAUUCUAUUUUCUAUUUUCACUGUGAAGAUCACAUUCUGUUUUUCUUAAUGUCGAUAGUACAUAUGCAAGAAAAAACAGGGAGACAGAGAGCAUUUGUUUAUUUGUAAUGUGUACCAUUCGCCGAGCACUCUCAUAACGGAUCGCGUUACGGUGUGUAAAGUGAAUUAAAUAGUGCAAAGUGAUUUUGUCGCGAGCGUCAUCUUCUCUCGUUAGUACGACUGCAUUGGACUGAGCACGUUUUGUCCAAGCGAGAAUCGUUGCGAAGUAACACCAAUCGUUCAACGUCGUCUCGCAUCUUUUUGCUGUAGCAAAGCGAAUCGCGUAACGCGUGAUAAUAAAUACGAUAAAUCACAUGUCAAACUGUGUGAGGUGUGGAUAAUUCGUCUAAUCUAAUCCGAAAAUUAUAAUAUAAUUCGAAGAAAAGAGGUAGGAAAGAGGAAGGACACUAUGCGCACAGUGCACCAGGCGCGCAGACAAUACAUUCCCAAUCGAUGAUGCAGUAGUUACAGUUAGGAGUCUAUAUAGAGGACAUUCGCUUUGCGAUCGCGGCCAUUCAUCAUCCUCUUCACUGUCAGCGAAUAUGUUACGUAUCCUGGCUCUGGCUGUCCUCCUACGAUCACUCUGCAUCGGACUAUCGUCGGAUGUGAUAUCGUACACCCGGGUGUCAAAGAACGGACAACUGGCGAGAAGCUCUCACGAUUCUCUCUCAUGGUUGGAAAGGCCAUCAGCAAGAAACGACACGCGCGUGGAGAACGAAAAUAGAAGUAUAAAUGACGUCGUCAGCAUCACUAUGUCACCCGUGUACGUACCAGUCAGAACUCCAAAAUUGAAGAAAGGCGAAGCGAUCGAUCAUUCGGCAGUCGCCCCCAAAUACUCGACGCUGGAUCGCGAAAUGAUAGCCAAGCUGGACGCCAUGACGGGCAAACACCGGCAGAUUCAACACCGAUUUCACGCACCCGCGACCUUCGAGCACGCGAACGGAAAACCGCAAAAGAGCACUUCGAGUGCCGAAGGCACCUCGAGCAUGAAUUCGUCCCCUUUUGCCGGCCCGCUCGCCCCCGACGUGUAUGAAUAUAGCCCGCCAGGGUUUUCUGAUAGUGAAUUACCUGUAUCCAAACCGAUGAUCAGCAAAUACCCGACUAUAUCCACGGAUGAACAGGAUUUCCCGCAAGAUUCCUACAGGCCAUCGCCGGACGAGUAUCAUACAUCAUCAAUCAACAAUGCACACGAGACGGACUAUCCUGCUUUCGAUGUCGCCCCAUACGGAAGCGAUAAACCCACUCCGAAGCCGAUGAAGUUCACCAAUCAUCACGACGACCAACAAGCAUCCCCACCGUUCGCGGACGACUCGUACGAUCACCAUAGUCAUCAUGACGACUUCUAUCACCAUGACUUAAUCUAUGAUCACGUGCCUGAAUUUUACGAUUAUCAUCAUCAUAAGACCACGACAGAAGAGCCGGAAAUGAACGAUGAGCGACUCGACAAGAGGCCGUACUCGUAUUACUUCAUCGGCAAGAAGCUUUGGUACAUACCGCUCUACUUCAGCAUCUACUUUAUCAUUUACAUAGCGGCGCUCGUGCUGAAGAGCAUCGCCCGGCACAAGAUCAACUUCCCGACACAUCUAGCGGACGCAGUGACCCAUCGGAAACGUAGCGAACCAGGCGAGGGUUGGUGGAGCCUUGCGGAAAGAAUACUCGAGGGAGCAGAGCGAUUUGCUGAAACAUCUUAUAAGAGUUCUUAAUCCCUUGCCGUAUACAUAUAUAAUGACGAGUACGACUCGUGAUACGGAAUCCGGACUAAAUAUGAAAAUCAUGAGUCAGACUCGUGGCGAUUCGUACGGCAAGGAGUUAAUUGAUAGGCGGAUGAAAGAAAAACGAUCUCGAGGAACGAGAUCGGAUUAGGCGUGUGUAAAUAAUCGCUAUUUUCUCGCUUAUUGUAUGAUAUAUUAUCUCACUGUAUUUUGAAUACUUGAAUUCGAAAAUAACAAAAAUGAUAAAAAGAAGAAGAUUAGAAUUAGUUUAGGAAACACGAUGUUAUCGUCAGAAAGCAAUGUUUGUCAUCGAUAAAUAAUGCAGUAAUAAUGAAAUAAUACGAUAAAUAAUUAUAAUAAAUUUAUGUAAAUUUACACUUUAUUUACGUAAUUAAUGUAUACGUAUUUUACAUGGAACAUACGAUUAUAUUAAUCAAUUAUAAUUAUUUGUAUUUGUUAGCAAUGAUCAUAUUGACUAUAUGCUAAUAGAUAACAAAUUGAAUCAAAC